AUGGCUUUUCAGUUUUUCGGUACGCAUCGGCACGAAUGGUGUUUGGUUUCGUUUGCAGUUGUGGCGAACGCCUUCUUGUUGACGGUGAAACUAUUUAAGUAUUCUGUUCUACCGGAAGCUUUGUGAAGUUUGAUGUUCUAAGUUUGGUGAGAUUGCAACAUCGAACGAUGCGGCAUUCCAUCCUGUUGGUCUGCUACUUGGCAGCCGUCUCUGGCAGGUCAUUUACCGAUGUUCGGCGCCGGCUCCGGUCGGAUGUGGCUUACAAUCAGAGGAAUCAUCGGCAAGGACAAUUUAAGUAUGGAUAUGCGGUGAAGCAAGGUGAGACCCAGUUUCAUCAUCAGCGUUCACUGGAUGGGGCAAUGUACGGAUGUUAUGGGUUUGUGGAUCCACUAGGGAAACUGUUCAUUACACAUUACUUGGCAGAUGUGGCUGGUUAUCGGCUGGUGAAUAUGGCAAAUCCGGAUCGAAAAUUGAUUGAGAGGCUUAAAAAUGAAGGUACUGCCGAAAAUCCGAUUGAUGUGCAGAAGCUCUUUCCCCAAGAAUGCCAGGAUGAUGGUGACAUAGUGAUGCUACAGCAAUCAGCCGAAAAGAUGAAAACAUCAUACGUUUCCGAAGAUUCGGUGUUAGAAACCGGAAAAACAACGAUUCUCAAACCGUUAGAAAAAGCCGUUCCCACUAAUGACAAUGAAUCUGGAGCAUUCACUGAAAAUAAGAUAGAACCUGCUGUUGAAGUUAGUGUUCAAGGUAUUGAACAACCCUCCGGCAGCAUAGAUGAUGCGAAUGCUGCGUCCGAUGGUGAUAACACUGUGGAAAAUAUCGCUUCUGUGGUCGAAGAUUUUGAACAGACAAAAGAAGAAAAUCAUCAUUUGUUAACGGAUCAGGAUCCACCUGUGCCUUUUUCUUUGGCAGCUAAGAGCUUACCACAGAUUGUAGAAACGAAUGCCGUUUGGACCACGACACAAGUACCAGAGAGUGUGACAGAAGUUACAGCCUCCGGGAGCGAUAAGACUGACACAUUUGAUGUGAAUUCAAGUACAGAGUUAUUAACGACGACUGCAAUGCCUUCCGAUGAUCUGGACAGUUUAGAAGAAACGGGACAUACCGAUUCUAAUAUGAUUGACGAAGUACCGACGACUACAGUAGCCCCUGUGGAGGUCACUGAGUCUGUGAGUUUGCACUCGCCUGAAAAAGUGGAUGAAACUCCUUUCAGGGAUCAACCAGCUGUCGAAAAUGAUUCACCACAGGAAGAUCUAAAAUUUGAUGAUGUCGAAUACUCUUUUGUUCCAAUUCCGGUUACAACUGAUUCACCGAAUGAAGAUGGAGCAGACGAAAGCGAGAAGUCGAACGAAACCAUGUUCGAGAACUUGGAGCAUAUCGAACCGGAUUCGGUACAGAAAGAUGUUCAAAAUGAUGCGUCUGUUAAGAUUCAGACAGAUUUUGUGUCUGUUGAUAAUCAACAAAUGCCGGUUGUGGUGAUUGAACCGAAGGUUGAAAGCAUUCAACAGAAUUCAGAUCCGAUUGUAGAUUCUCAUCCACACGAUGAGGCCGAAACAGAAUUGAGCAAACUAAACAAUAGACAAACCAGUGAAACUAAUCAGACUUCUAAGCCACAAACAGUUUUGGAUGAAAUAAGAACCGUUUUUCGAGGUAAUAUCAAAUAUUCUAAUAGCGCUCCGGUUGCCACAAAGAAUGUCAACGAUAAGAACGAUAAGAAACAAGGGCCCACCGUAUUUGCUAGCGUUUCAGCUAGUACAGAUCGAUCUGUUGUACGAGAUGCUGUUCAAGACGGGGAAAGUACCUCUGUCGGAAAUAUGUUGGACGACAAUUUACAGUUGCAGAACAAGCCCUCAAAAGAUAAUGAGCCAACAAGUCCUCUAAAAAGCGAUCGACAUUCGUUAGAAUACGCGUUUAGUACACGAUCGAAACCCGAAAAUGUGAUGCCAUCAAUUGGUAACAUUGGAGUUGUGGAUCAAGAUGACAAUAGAUUCGGUGAACUUCUCAGGUCAUUAAACAGACGCGAGCCCAUUGAUGAGCGAAAUGAUAAUAAGGAGUCAACAUUGCAUCAAUCUCGAAUCGGUCCGCUACCAAAUUUUAACCAAUUUGAACUGGAUGAUACUCACUCAUCUGAUUUAUCUGACGGAUAUCGGGCAAUUAAUUCGAAGCUCCCGGCAACACCAAGACCUGACAGCAGUUAUGUGGCAGGCGGAUUUAUUUUUCCACCCACGAUAGCCAGCGGUACAGAUCGGGUCCCGAUGAUGCCAAACCCUACCGUUGAUUUCCGUCCAUUUACACCAAACUAUCAUCCGCAAAUUAAACCUAUGCUCGAGCGUGCGGGAUCAACGAUCGGAUCCAACGGGGAUAUUUACGACGAGAUUGAAGAAGAUGUAGAUCAAGCAGCAGUUGCCAACCGGCAUGUCACAAAGCCUGGAGACAAAACAAUUUCUACUGAGCCAUCAACAUUUGUCACUUCAACACCAGCAUCCACUUCAACCACAACGACCACAUCAACAACAUCAACAACGGCAGAACCGCCCAGUUCUGUCUCUAGCGUUGAUCGUAACUCACAUUGUCAUGUGGUUAUGCUGACAAUUCCUAUUAACGCUCAGCGGGUCAUCAUCAAAACCGAUUCGCCUCAAUUUCGGGUUUAUGGUCGAGGUGAUCCCGAGGAGCGGAUCAAAAUGGUGGAGCCCGGUGUGUAUGAGGUGAAUGUAGGCUCUACCAGCUCCAUAAAAUUUCAGCAGUACGGGUUUCCACCCACCUUCGUUCAACAGAACAAGCUUCGGCUUGACCUUGGUAAAAAUUUUAAUUACGACGAUUUAGUUCCGACACCACUGUAUAAUCGUCGAAUUUAUCAACAGGAGCCGAUGCAGUUGGCUCCUGAUAGCAUGACCGAUUUGAACAACCCGUACCUGCCUCUGAAUAAUGAAGCUGCAAUUCCUUCGGUGGCUUCCUCGCAAGCAAGGAGUGUUGGUAUGCCAGAACAGUCGGUACCAACGGAGGACCAGAAUUCGCUAACAACCGAUCAACGAGCUCUGCUUAGUCUGGUGCCAUCAUGGAAAAAAGUCCUACUUUAUUACUAAUCGAUUUGGUGAAAUGACUCACUGGUUAGAGUCGGUUAGCUUCACCGUGCCAGACGAUGUCCUCCUACACGCAACCGAAUCUGAAUUGAUGUUAGCGCGAUAUAACUUGUCAUGUUUCUUCUCAUUUUUUAUCAUUUUUUCAUCGAAAAAGAGGAUAGCCAAGUUUAUACUGAAACUGAAACGGGGUGAGACGUUCUUCAUCGAAACCAAGCUGAGCUUUACAAAUCAUUUUACGGCUGUUUGCUACAUGCAGGAGGACAAUAUUUUUGUUCGAAUCAUUCUCCGGUAUAAAAAUUUAGUUUUAUUGGAUUAGUAUGCUAAUCGGCGGUUAACUGCUGCAGUCCACUUUACUCGUAGGUGACACCGUUCGGUUGGCCGAAGAAUGUGCGGCUCUUGUUUACGUG